GAACGCGACCACGGCCCAUUUCAUGAACAUGCAGCGGACAGACGAGCAGUGAGAAGGAGCGGUUUAGUCCUCACACCUCGAAUAAAAGAGGUUUAUACCAGCAGACAGCGCAUACAAUUAAAGGAUACGUCUGACCAGCUUAUCUGGUUUCUGCAAAUCAAACCGGACAGUGCACUUCGACAUGUGAAAACGAAAGAGAAACGGACGGACAGCGCCGACGGAUGAACAAGCUGUGGGGAAAAUGAGUGAGGUCGACAUGGCCGAGAUAAACCGCAUCCAGUAUGAGCUGGAGUACACGGAGGGCAUCAGCCAGCAGAUGAGGAUCCCUGACAGGCUCAAAAUCGGACCCAACCCCUCCGAGGACCAUCCUGGGGCUCUGCUGGAUGUGUCCCAUGGUGCUACCAUGAUGCACGUUCCUGAGAGGAUUGUAGUGACAGGAGAUGGGAAUGAUGCUCACUUUAGCACACCCAGAGAUUUGGACCUGAUUCAGUCCACCCCAAUGGAGUCUGUGGAGCUGAAGGCCCCUCCUCAGGUCCUCACCCUCAAAGACCAGCCCCUGGAUUUUCUGGAACCAGAACAGCCAAUGGGACCACCAGCUCAGCUGAAAGAGGAGGUCCAGUCUCACACAAGGUCGCGGCGUGAUCGUAGUGUCAGUGAGAACUCAGCUGUCCGUCACAACGGCCAAAUCAACAAAUAUGAAGGUGCGAGUCCAUCUCCAAGCGCUCCAAUCCGUGCUUGUCCCCCCCUCAUCAGCCCUGAGGACUGCCACAACUUGUACAGCGCGAGUGGCGUCCUUUCCUACAUCCAGUGCACCACGCGCCGAGCCUACGAGCAAGUCCUGAACAUGCUGGAUGACCGUCACCACAGAACUGCUCUUGCGACUUUGGAUGCUAGUCUGGAGAGCACUCCAGAUGAUGCCUCUUUAGUGGAUGCUGCAGGCCUGAGACGACAGAUCAUAAAGCUGAACCGAAGGCUUCAGCUGCUGGAGCAGGAGAAUAAAGAGAGAGCCAAGCGGGAGAUGGUCAUGUACUCACUUACUGUGGCAUUCUGGCUGGUCAACACAUGGAUAUGGCUCCGUCGCUGACCACUGUAGCUAAAGCUUCGUUUGGUAAGCCUCUCAGGCUGCGUCUGGACGGGCUGUUAAAUGAGAAUUUUGCACAUAUCUACAGCACUGUGCGAAAGUCAGAGUCACCCUUCCUGUAUUUAGUUUCCAAUCAAAACAGCCAUUAAGUACAAGUUAUUCAUCAGGAAAAAAGCCAAAAGCACAUUUAACAGAAAAUUACUCAGAAGCCUCAACAAGUAAAUAUAAUAUCCAUUUUUCUGCAUCUAGUGUGUCACUCCUUACCUUCAUCACAGCUCCCAUUCUUUUAGUUUUUCAAAGAAAUCUGCAGGGAUAUUUUUCACACCUGCAGUUCAGUCUUAGAAGUUGGUUGCAUUUUCUGCUCCUUGUAUUGGGUUGAUGUUGAGGUCUGGACCCUGGGGUGGUCAGUCUACAGUUCUGAGAACACCAGUGGCUUUUUUUCUUUGAUUUGCAUAUGUCCUUCUUUUUGUCUAUUUCCUUUUUUAGUAGCAGCUUCUUGAUGGCUACACAUCACAAUUUCUUUGCAUCCAGUUUCGGAAACUCCUGUAUUUUCACUUAUUUUCAUUUGACUUUCUUCUUCCUUAUGCAGGUGGGUCGUUUUAUAUCUAAUCUCCUCAGAAACAUCUGAAAAAUGAAUAAAUUGUACUUAAUGGUCGUUUUGACUGGAAAUUAAACAAAUGAAGGGUGGUCUCUGACUUUUGCAGAGUAAUAUACAUCCAGUACAAUUCAAUCAGCUCUUUUUGAACAUAUUUACAUAUGUUCAUAUUCAUAGACUUGCAGUCGUGUGCCAGUAUCUAUGUCUAAUCAAGUAAGUCUGAUUAGGUAAAACAUAAGACAUACAUUUGACCCUCUUCAAUAAAUGCACAUAAACUUCCUAAUAACAUUUAAAUUUAAAGUAUUUUUCAACAUUCAUAACUCAGGUCAGCUUUACUAGCCGCAGGCAAAGACGUUCUGGUCGACUUCAGUUUAAGCCAAAUGUCCAUCGACCCUGUGUACCAUAGAUGGUGUAACUAUGUUCAUUGUGCGUUUUCCUCCUUAAUUCCCGUUUCUAGUGAAUCAUUGACCAGCAUGAGUCUGUUGUAAAUGUUGUAACAUAUGAGCAGAGUUUCAGCAUGAUGUUGUGUAAAGAGGAGCAUGCGUUAAAUAAUACAGUCAUUCCACCGAGACUAAGUAUUUUGUGAAUACCUGAAUGUUUGUGUUGAUGUUUGAACUCACAGCCUCAUUAUUUAUUUACUUUAACAUAUGUGAAUCUUUCGGCUACCUCUCAGCUAAAUAUGGGGUAGAAAUAUAACGAUGCUCAUUAUUACUGUAUGCCUCAGUGUUGUGGGCCACAGCAGCUCUGUUCUUCGGAGUAAUCAUGCCUUAUGAACAAUAAUCAUUCUUUCACAAUCUUCAGUUCUUGGUAUUACGUUUGUAAAAUAAAACAGACAUGGUGACUUCA